AUGACAUCUCUCAAUCUACCCCAUAAAUACGCGUAUCUGCGUAGAUUGCUUGAUAGAGCCAUUAAAUACUAUCGAGAUCUAAGCACCUCCUCCAAAUUACUCCUCUGUUUCGCUAUUGGCGUACAUCAGUUAUUCGCUUUGGUUGUCUGGUACUACGGACCAAAGGAAAUAUUCGGAUACAUUGCAAAUACCGCUCUCUCUCUUCAGCAACUCAGCUUCGGCUGGCUGAUUCUCGUUAUAUCCCUCGUCAUUGCCUCUUUCCCUCCCAUGAUUGGCUAUGGCAUGCUUAUAUCUGUAUGUGGCUUCGUUUAUGGUUUCCCCUUGGGUAUUCUCCCUGCUGGAAUCGGCUCACUUUCAGGCGCAAGCUCCGUCUUCUUAAUUAGCAGACAACUCCAAAAGACCCGUCUUUUCGGGAGCAAGUUGAGAGCUCUCUCUGUCUCUACAAAGUUUCAGGCGAUAAGCACCGCGAUAACAGAUCGCGGCAUUGGUUUGGUCGUUCUCCUCAGACUCUGCCCUAUUCCUCCCUGGGUAUACAGCAAUCUCGGCUUUAGUCUCCUUCCACCUGAUAAACUCACCUUCACUCAGUUUUUCUUCGCUACCAUUCUCAGUACACCACGCCUUUUCCUCCAUGUCUUUAUCGGUUCACGCGUAUUUGCCCUUUCUGACCCAAAUAAUCAACUCGAUAGCACCACCAAGAUUCUCGAUAUUACUGGUAUUGUCGCAGGUAUGGUCCUCUCCACCCUGCUAGGAUGGUAUGUGUAUAGGGUUACAAUGCACAAAAUCAGUCAAAGCGUCGAUGAAGAGUAUAACAUUGAUAAUGAAAGUCUAUUAUCUGAAUUGAGGUGA